AAUUCAAAUUUGUUUCAUCAGCUAAGGCAUGAGCGACCCCAACCAGAACUUCGGAUUUGGCCAGGACUAAACAGUGUGAAGUAGCUCAGAGAAUUUAAAAAAACAAGACAAGACAAGAUGCAGUCGUUCGAACAUGACGAGGCCGAAGCCGGAGCUUCAGGUCGCAGUAGCAGCAGUAGCAGCAGCAGUAGCAGCAGUGAUGAAAGUCACCAUAAACAUCACGGUGAAAAGAAGCACAAACACAAGAAGGAUAAAAAACACAAAAGCAAGGACAAACACCAUACGCAUGGUCACGCAGCACAUGGUCACGCAGCACAUGGUCACGCAGCACAUGGUCACGCAGCACAUCAGCAGCCACACCAUCCACCUCCUCACGGAUAUCCUCCAGCUCCUGGAUAUCCACCCGCUCCUGGAUACCCGCCUGCUCCAGGCUAUCCUCCAGCAGGAGCUCCAGGAUAUCCACCAGCUCAAGGUUAUCCUCCCGCUCCUGGGUAUCCUCCUGCACCUGGAUAUCCCCCUGCGCCUGGAUAUCCUCCAGCAGGUGGUUAUUAUGGCGCCCCGCCAGCAGCUCCAUAUGGAGCACCAGCGCCUGCACCAUAUGGAGCACCAGCGCCUGCACCAUAUGGAGCACCAGCUCCAGCACCUUAUGGAGCACCAGCUCCAGCACCAUAUGGAGCACCGGCGCCAGCUUCAUAUGGAGCACCGGCACCAGCACCAUAUGGAGCCCCUGCUCCAGCCCCAUAUGGAGCACCACCAGCACCAUACGGAGCACCCUCUGUUGCUCCCUAUGGAGCUCAAGCUGCUGCAUAUCCCGUGGCUCAACCAACGAUUAGGUACCUAGGGAACUUCGACCCCUCGACGGACGCGGCGAUGCUGAGGAAGGCCAUGAAGGGCUUCGGCACCGACGAAGCCUCCAUCAUCAACAUCCUCGCCAACAGGACCAGUGACCAGCGCCAGAAAAUCAUAUUGUCGUUCAAGCAGGCAUAUGGCAAGCCAGACGAGCCUGCUCCUCCUUCUUUCCCUCUCCCUGCCUCCUUCCUCUUACCAUCUCCCUGCCUCCUCCCUCUCUUCCCUCCAUGCCUCUUCCCUCACCCUCCUCUACCCUCCAUGACUCCUCUCCUGCCUGACCUCUCUCUUCCUUCCCAGCCUCCUCCUUCUUUCCCUCUUUUUCCUCCAUGCCUCUUCCCCCACCCCCUCUUCCUUCCCUGCCUCCUCCCUCUUCCCUUCCUGCCUCCUCCUUCUUUCCCUCUUUUUCCUCCAUGCCUCUUCCCCCACCCCCUCUUCCUUCCCUGCCUCCUUCCUCUUCCCUCCCUGCCUCCUCUCUCUCACCUCCAUGACCCCUCCCUGACCCCUCUCUUCCCUCCCAGCCUCUUCCCUCUCUUCCCUCCAUGCCUCUUCCCUCACCCCCUCUUCCCUGACCUCCCUAUUCCCUCCAUGCCUCUCCCUCUUUCCCUCCGCCAGCCAUGA